UCUCUCUCCAAAGUUACGUGUUUCUUCCUCUCAAGUUUCACUCACCCCAUUAAUUCGUUUAUUUUUAUUUUUAUGUAACUCUCAGAAUUUUAUUAAAAUUCCAAUCCAAUUUUAUUUUGCAUUUUCGAAUAUCUAACUAUAUUUCAAUUAAUUGCGAAUUUCGUGAAUUUCGUCUCUUUGAUCAAGAAGACUCCAAUUGCUCCACCCUUGGGUGUUGUGGAGUCAAGAAACAAACAAAAAUCUCAAUUGUUUUCUUCAAGAAUCACCAAAAACCUGUUUCAUCAAGCAUGUCGGCUAACAAUGACGUCAUAGUGGCAGGUAAAGUCAUUGUGAUUAUGGGCGUAAGCGGCGCAGGGAAAUCUACCAUAGGUAAACUGUUGGGGAAAGCUCUAUCUUGUGAUUUUCUUGAUGCUGAUGAUUUUCAUUCUUUAUCGAACAGAGAUAAGAUGCGUCAAGGCAUUGCUCUUUCAGACGAAGACCGAAUGCCAUGGCUUGAAAAAAUACAAGAGAGUUUGCGAAAACGUUUACUCGAUGGAGAAACCGUUGUUCUCGCAUGUUCUUCAUUGAGAAAACAGUAUAGAGAAAUCCUGAGAGGCUCUGAUCCUGAUUACGAACAAGGAAGCUAUACGAGUUGCAAGGUUAAGUUUGUAUUAUUGGAAGGUAAUGCAGAGGUGAUCGCUGCUCGGUUACAGAAGAGAGCUUCCGAGGGAGAACAUUUCAUGCCUCUUACUCUUCUUCAGUCUCAGUUUGAUCUGCUUCAAGCUGAUGAAUGUGAAAAGAUAUUCAAAAUCAGUGUGAUUCUAAGCCCUGAAGUUAUAGUCAAUACAAUUCUUGAAAUGCUAGGAAAUUCUUUGAGAGAAGGUAUAUGAAAUUCUCAGCACAUUUGUAUUAUUACUAUUCAUCUUUGUAUUCAACAUAUACAAAUAAGCAAAAACUUACUUCCUGAGUAUACAAGUUUAUAUGUACAAUGUUUCAUCAUC